GAACCCCGUACCCCCGACCCGGAACCACCCCGACCCCCGCCCGGAACCACCCCGACCCCGACCCCGGAACCACCCCGACCCCCGACCCGGAACCACCCCGACCCCCACCGGAACCACCCCGACCCCCACCGGAAUCACCCCGACCAUCAAGCCCGUCACGGCCAACGUCGGGAACGUCAACUGCGCCGCCUCUAACGUCACCAUCGGCCCGCAGCGCGUGGGCGCGUCUGUGCAGCAGCGCCGCGCGCGUGUCACGCCGUACGCGUUUACGAUCACCAAUAACUGCGCGUCGCCCGGGACUCUGACACGUGUCACGCUCGCGGUGUUUCCCGUUGGGCCGCCAAUCUACACGCUGCCCUACAGCAUCUUCGGCUGCUUCCUCGUCAACGGAGAGUGCCAGCUGUUCCAGAACGUCUACUCCCAGCAGCUCAGCGCUACCGCGUGUUCGAGCAUAACCCUCUUCCCGGACUACACGUAUACGCCGCCGGGCCCCGUCAAUUGUACUCUUGGGCCCGACCAGAUUCCCGGGGGUCUGGCCCCGGGGCAAAGCUUGGACAUCAACUUCUCCAGCUUCAUCAACGUCAACAUAAACCGCACCAUUUUUAACUUCCAGGUCGCCUCCGCUACCUUCGCCCCCAUCGGUGCCGCCGUCGCAGUGCCGCAGCUCACCACACCACCACCAGCUACUGCCGGCCCGGCCACAGCUGUUCCGGCGACUACUGUUACGGCCAAGACUGCCCCGGGUAAAGCUGCCCCGGGCAAAGCUGCCCCGGCCAAGACUGUUCCGGUCAAGCCUGCCCCGGCCAAGACUGUUCCGGUCAAGCCUGCCCCGGCCAAGACUGUUCCGGUCAAGCCUGCCCCGGCCAAGACUGUUCCGGUCAAGCCUGCCCCGGCCAAGACUGUUCCGGCCAAGCCUGCCCCGGCGUAA